GCAACGAAACGUUUCAACAUAAUACGAAAAAUGGAAAAGUGAGUUUAAACGGAUUAUUCUGUUUGAACAGUAAUUGUCUAAAUACUGCGAUACAUUAUUUAAAACUGAUUCAACGCGAAAGACUGAUUAGAAAACUGCAGGUUAAAAGAUUGUCUUCAGUGGUUCUGGAACAAAAACAUUGUCAAAAUUCGCAUUAUCACAUCACUAAAAGUCAUGGCUGCCGUUUUGAGUCUGAAUCCCAAAGCUGAAAUAGCCCGCCAAGCGCAAGCUCUAGCAGUUAAUAUAACAGCUGCAAAAGGAUUACAAGAUGUUUUAAAAACUAAUUUAGGCCCCAAAGGCACAAUGAAAAUGUUGGUGUCAGGGGCUGGUGAUAUAAAGAUCACUAAAGAUGGAAAUGUUUUAUUGCAUGAAAUGCAAAUUAAACAUCCAACUGCAUCUCUGAUUGCACGAGCUUCAACAGCUCAAAAUGAUGAAACAGGUGAUGGCACUACAUCUACAGUUUUAUUGAUUGGAGAAUUGUUAAAGCAAGCUGACAAUUUUAUUUCAGAGGGUCUCCAUCCCAGAAUUCUUACUGAAGCUUUUGAUUUGGCAAGAGAUCGCUCUCUAGAAGUUCUGGAGAAAACAAAGAUCAGAGGGGAAAUAGAUAGGGAAAAACUAAUCAAUGUUUCUAACACUUCUUUGAAAACUAAAGUUACUGCUAAGUUAGCUGACUGUUUAACUGAAAUAUGCGUUGAUGCUGUUUUAGCUAUUCAGAGACCCGGUGUUCCAAUUGAUUUACAUAUGGUUGAAAUAAUGGAAAUGAAGCAUAAAAAUGAGCUAGAUACUACACUUGUCCGUGGUUUAGUUCUUGAUCAUGGAGCUCGUCACCCAGACAUGAAGAAAAAAGUUGAAGAUGCUUACAUUCUUACUUGUAAUGUAUCAUUGGAAUAUGAGAAAAGUGAAGUGAAUGCUGGUUUCUUUUACAAAUCUGCAGAAGAGAGGGAAAAGCUUAUAUCUGCUGAGAGAGCAUUCAUUACAGAAAGAGUGAAUAAAAUAAUUGAGCUUAAGAACAAAGUGUGCAAGGACACUAAGAAAGGAUUCGUUGUUAUUAAUCAAAAGGGUAUUGAUCCCAUGUCAUUAGAUAUGCUAUGUAAAGAAGGAAUUGUAGCUUUGAGAAGAGCAAAGCGAAGGAAUAUGGAAAGAUUAACUCUUGCUUGUGGAGGUGAAGCAAUGAAUUCUGUUGAUGAAUUAACUCCUGAGUGCCUUGGAGAAGCUGGUCUUGUUUUUGAACAUGUUCUUGGAGAAGAUAAAUUCACUUUUGUUGAAGAACUUAAAAAUCCUUUGUCUGUUACCAUCCUCAUUAAAGGUCCUAAUUCACAUUCUCGAGCACAGAUCAAAGAUGCUAUUUAUGAUGGUUUAAGAGCUGUUAAAAAUGCCAUUGAAGAUGGAUGUCUUGUUGCUGGUGCUGGAGCUUUUGAGAUAGCUGCCUACUGUGAACUAAUGAAAUACAAAUCUGAAGUGAAAGGUCGUUUGCAGCUUGGAAUUCAAGCAUUUGCCGAUGCCCUAUUGGUUAUUCCUAAAACGCUAGCUGGGAAUGCCGGAUAUGAUCCUCAAGAAGUCAUGGUGAAGCUAAUACAGGAAUACAAUUCUGCUGGCGGAAUUUUGAUUGGCCUGGAUAUUGAUACAGGUGAACCCUUAGCACCAGAAGAAGCAGGCAUUCUUGAUAAUUACCGUGUAAAGAAGCAACUGUUGAGCUCCUGUUCUUCCAUUGCUGGCAACUUGCUACUAGUUGAUGAAAUUGUCCGAGCAGGUUUGACAUCUACUAGAGGGAAAUAGAAAUUGUUUGGAUUAAAUUAUGUUUAAGUAUUUGCUAUGGACUGUCGCUUCGCUAAAUGUCUAGCUGUUUAACAUCAAUAACCUAUGUUGCAUUUUCAUAUUCAUCAAUUUACUUCAGAUAUAAGAUCUUCUGCACUAAUGUGAUAACUACUUCAUCUUGUGUUAAUCCAUUUUGUAAUUUCCUUUUUAAAGGAAAACCUGGCAAACUAUUAAAAAAUUUAAGAAAAUAAAGACAUUUACUAUUAA